UACAACAUUCUUGUUCGAUAUUAUAUGUCCAAAUUUUUGUGUUUUCGAACUGGCACUGUGGAGUUUAGCGAAACAGGUUUCUUUAUGAAUGCUUCAGAGAGUUGGGAGUUUAUUCGUCGAAGUGAGCUGUUGGUUUUGUAUGAAGAUUUGUCAGAUUACUGCAGUGAUAUUUCUGUGGAAUGGUCGUCUCCGUCAGUUCGAUCAAUAUAUCCUCAAGUUCAGCAAACACCGCAUUCAUCUAGCCCUUCAUCUCCUUGCGACCUGAGAUUUCAUGUUGUAUCUUCAUCUCCUCGGUCAUUACGAGACUCGCAACGUCGUGGGCGCAUUAUUAAACCUCAACGUGUCUUAGAACCGUCUCUGGUUGGCUCUGUCGCUGGUUUUGUUUAUGAUGCAAUGCCACAGGCCUCUUCUUUGCAAGCUCAAAAUGAACGAAUUGAGUGGGUGAAUUUUCAAAAAUAUGAAAACGCUGUCGAUACUGCACUGAGUCUAGAUAUCAUUAUUUUUGGACUUACACGUGGUUUUCAAAUUUGGGCUAUUCUGGAGAAUGGAGAGUGUGAGGAGAUUGUGACGGAAAGACAGGGUCCUUUAAAGAUUGGACGUUUAUUGACUUACUCUCCAAUAGAAAGUUUCGGUGUUACUGAAGACAAAUUUUCUAAUGCGCGACCUUUAUUUGCUGUCGUUGACGCUAAUUCACCUCUAGACCGGCUUUCGUGUACGCUAUCCUUUCUCUCAUUGAUUACGGGGCAAUAUGUUCAUCGUAUUGUAUUUCCAGACCAGAUAUGUGGUUUUGAAGAAUCACCAAAGGUAUUGGUUGUUUCUUUCCCAAUGCGGAUUGUCGUUUGUGAUGCAAUGUCACUUCGAGAACAGCGCUGUAUCUAUUAUCCAAAGACCCCGACAAUUAAUAAUAUUUUCGCAGUUUCUGAUAUAUUUCUUGCAUUUGCUGAUUCAACGUUUUUACAGUCAUGGCAAAGCUGUGGCGGCAUGAUGACAGAAGAAGAUGUAACCCCUGCCAACCAUUCAUCAUAUGCAUCUACAGUUGUGAACGCUGCCUCUAGUUUAACAAAGGCAUUUUCUACUUGGAGUGAAAGCGUCGUGUCUUCAUUCUCUUCUUCUCCGAAGUCGAAGCAUCUUCUAAGCUCGUUCUCCCAUCCUGGUAUUGUAACUGUUUUAGACGUAACAAAGUUACCAGUGAACAAUGAAUAUGAGUUGGAAUGCAAUGAUUCAGUUCUUGCUCAUUUUGUUGCUCAUACUGAACCUAUUGGAUAUCUGCGGUUUGGUCACGGAGGACGAAUUCUUCUCACAUCUGGGCAAUCUUCUACUAGUUUCAAUAUAUUUCUCCUUCAUCCUCAUCCAGGGUCGUGUGCAUUGGGUGCUGCGCAGCAUAUUUACACAUUAAAUCGUGGCAAUACCCCGGCAAAGAUCGUAAGCUGCGCAUUCUCAACUGACAAUCGAUUUGUUGGCUUAGCAACGAACCAUGGAACGACACAUCUGUUUGCAAUCUGUCCUUACGGUGGUCCAGUUAGUAUGCGCACUCAUGGUGAUAAAUUAGUGAACAAAGAAUCUAGAUAUCAUCGUUCUGCUGGAUUGGACAACUUUGACAUUGUUCCCGUUACAGAGCCAAUUGAUUACAGAACUUACCAGUUUGGCGCUCCACAGAUUUACAAAGAUCAUCCUUCAUUGAUUCGGCCCUCAAUAGCUCGCUCAGCUCGUAAUCCUCGGAUUGGGCCUUAUACUAGGCCUCUUGGUUUAACAGCAAGUGCGAAAUUAAGGGACUCAUUAUCAGUUGAUAAUCUCAGUGCGUGGGCGAGCGAUAUAGCAGCACCUCUAACUACUGGGAGAAAAAGAACUACUUCGGGCUCUAAAAACGAUGAACCAAAAAAAUUAUCUGUAAUUUUUGCCUCAAAUUCAAUUUACUCUGAUAAACCAACGCUUUUGGUAGCUGGUACAGAUGGAUUGAUCACUGAAUACGUCAUCGACGUUGUCCCAAAAGAAAUUCCCUCUGCCCCAGAUUUAGAUGUGUCAGCGAUUGCACACACUUCGUCAAAUUGGCAAGUACCCAUCAAGUGCCGUUUACAUGGAUUUAUGUUUUGGCAACUUCAGAGGUCGGCUUUUUCGGGGCCUGUUUCCGAUAUGCGAUUACCUCUUUCUGAUCAUAAUCCAUUUUUGCUUUGGCUGAAGAAUGCUUCAUUUAACAUCAGAAAGGAAAGUUCCGAAGAGAAGGCAGAAGCAUGGAUGAGUCAGGUCUCCAUGUUCAAUGCGGAUGGCUGGAGACAAUAA